UGAGAGAGAGAGAGGAACAGUGAGAUUUUCACAAAAGAAGAACAUUCUUUCUCUCCCAGUACCUGUACAAAAUACAAAUCCUAACUUUCUUUUGACUCUCUAUUUUUUCUUUUGUUAAAUUAAAAUUUCUGUAAAUUCUUUCUCUUUGAUUUCAUGUCCUUUAGUGUUCUUCCCUUAAAAAGUCAAAAAAAUAAAUAAAUCAAACCUUUAUAAAUCUGUACAUACGCAUUAAUUCUAGCUUUAUUUCUCCUCCUCCUCCUCCUCACCUCCAAAACUGUUAACGAAAACUCACUUGAAUUUUCGGUUUUUUGUAUACUUUUCUUAUUUAUAACCAAUCCUGAUCUAAUUGGGUCUUUCAAAAAAUUCACCGAAUCUUCAUAAAAUCCUUAUAAAAUUUAUGGGUUUUUAGAGAAAAAUAGUGGGUCUUUGUUAAAAUUUGAGAAAGCAAAAUCUUUUUGCUUGAUCUGGGAUUCUGGGGUGUUGUUUUUGAGAAAAAUCUGGUCAUUAUACAGCCAUGGCAGUCCCAACAAUAGCUUUAUACGCGAGCCCACCUAGUAGCGUGUGUUCAACACCAUAUCCAUGCCAAAUCAACGCACACGCAAAUUAUGAUUUUGAAUUGAAUUCAAGAUCUUCAUCAACAGCUUCGUCUAGUGCAUCUUCCUCUCAGAAACCAAUUGUUGGUGGUUUAUCUCGUUUGUUUUCAUCCCCAGCAGUGAAACAUGCAUCAUUUUCGGGUGAUAGAGAGGAGCUGGGGUGGCAUGAUAGAGGAGACGAAUUGAAGGAAUUGAGUAGUUCAUUUUGCUACACACCAAGUAAAUGCCUUGCUGGGUCUUCUAUAAAGAGGGAUCAAAGUCCGGUUUCGGUUCUGCAAGGUCAAGUCUCUUGUUCUAGUAGUCCUCCUACGAGGAUUGCUAGAGAAAGGAGUGGUUGUGAUGUGGGUUUUCAGAGUUCAAUUCAUGGGUCGUUUCGCAGUGGGGCUAAUGGGCUCUUUAAUGGGUUUGUGAGGAAUGCAUUAGGGUCUUGUGUUGAUUAUGAUUCUCCGAGUUUUGAGGUUCACAAUAAUGGUAUUGAUGAAGAUUCAUCUUCUGUUGUUGUGGAUGAAUUGACUUUUAGUAUGGAGGAUAGUUGUGUGGACGCUAAUUAUGAGCCUUAUGCUAAGGAGCUGUUGUUUGGCGCACAAUCAAGGCACACAAUUUUUUGUGAUGAUUUUGUGAUCAAGGCUUUUCAUGAGGCUGAGAAAGCACAUAGGGGACAGAUGCGAGCCAGUGGGGAUCCUUAUUUGCAGCAUUGUGUAGAGACUGCAGUUCUGCUUGCGAUCAUUGGUGCCAAUUCCACAGUGGUUGCUGCAGGGCUUUUACAUGACACUUUGGAUGAUUCUUUCAUAAGCUAUGACCACAUAUUUAAAACAUUUGGAGCUGGGGUGGCUGAUUUGGUUGAAGGGGUCUCUAAGCUUAGCCAACUGAGCAAGCUUGCUCGUGAGAACAAUACAGCAAGCAAAACUGUCGAGGCAGAUCGCUUGCACACCAUGUUCCUUGCCAUGGCAGAUGCUAGGGCUGUCCUGAUUAAAUUAGCUGAUCGAUUGCAUAAUAUGAUGACGCUAGAUGCAUUGCCUUUGGUGAAGCAACAGAGAUUUGCUAAAGAGACUUCGGAGAUAUUUGCUCCCUUGGCCAACCGUUUAGGAAUCUCCAGUUGGAAAGAGCAGUUGGAAAAUCUUUGUUUUAAGCAUCUCAACCCAGAUCAGCACAAAGAUUUGUCUGCUAGACUUGUGGACUCUUUUGAUGAGGCAAUGAUUGCUUCUGCUAAAGAGAAAUUAGAGAAAGCUCUUACGGAUGAAGCCAUUUCUUACGAUCUAUCUGGAAGGCAUAAAAGCUUAUAUAGCACUUAUUGCAAAAUGUUGAAGAAAAAGCUGAACAUGGAUCAGAUCCAUGAUAUUCAUGGGUUGCGUCUGAUUGUCGAAAAUAACGAAGACUGCUAUAGAGCAUUGAGAGUUGUUCAGCGUUUAUGGUCCGAAGUACCUGGAAAAUUCAAAGACUAUAUAAAUAAUCCGAAGUUCAAUGGGUAUCGAUCUCUUCAUACAGUAGUAAUGGGUGAGGGCACAGUGCCACUUGAAGUUCAGAUUCGAACAAGGGAGAUGCAUCUGCAAGCAGAGUUUGGAUUUGCAGCUCAUUGGAGGUACAAGGAAGGUGAUAGCAAGCACUCCUCAUUUGUGCUUCAGAUGGUUGAGUGGGCAAGAUGGGUCAUAACCUGGCAGUGCGAGACAAUGAGCAAAGAUCAUUCUUUCAUUGGCUGUGGUGAUUCCAUAAAGCCUCCAUGCACAUUCCCUUCACAUUCUGAUGGCUGCCCAUAUUCUUACAAGCCUCACUGUGGGCAAGAUGGACCUGUCUUCGUCAUUAUGAUUGAGAGUGAUAAGAUGUCUGUGCAAGAGUUUCCUGCAAACUCAACAGUGAUGGAUCUGCUGGAAAGGGCUGGGCGUACGAGUUCAAGAUGGUCCCCAUAUGGGUUUCCCGUGAAGGAAGAGUUGAGGCCAAGGCUGAACCAUCGGCCAGUGUAUGAUGUGACUUGCAAGCUAAAGAUGGGGGAUGUCGUGGAGCUAACUCCAGCUAUACCUGACAAAUCUUUGUCCGACUACAGGGAAGAGAUUCAGCGCAUGUAUGAACGUGGCUCAGCCCCUGUUUCAAGCACAGUUCCUGCUGUUAGCGGCACUGUUGGAUAGAGAAGUUGACCCAUUGCUUAUAGACCGAUAAAUAGUAUAUACCCCAUUUAGUGACAAUUGGUUAUUCUUGGACAUGCAGAUGUUUGUACAGAACAGUUAUAUGGUUCUGGUAUGAAAAAGGCCAUGGCUAACUGGACUCAAAACGAUCAACAAAGAUUUAUUUUCUCACUUCCCCACUA